AUGGCAAACAUCCAGCGGGUCCUCGUCUCGCUGAUGGUCAUUCUGACCGCCACCUUCCUCUUCUUCGGUCAGACUGCGGAGGCUGCCAAAGGCCCCAAGAUUACCCAUAAGGUCUACUUUGACAUCCAGCAUGGUGACGAGUCUUUGGGCCGAAUCGUGUUCGGCCUUUAUGGCAAGACUGUUCCAAAGACUGCAGAGAACUUCCGUGCCCUCGCAACUGGUGAAAAGGGAUUUGGUUAUGAAGGGUCCAGCUUUCACCGUAUCAUCAAGCAAUUUAUGAUCCAAGGUGGUGACUUCACCAGAGGAGACGGCACUGGUGGUAAAUCCAUCUAUGGAGACAAGUUCGAGGAUGAGAACUUCAAAUUGAAGCAUACCAAGAAGGGUCUCUUGAGUAUGGCCAACGCUGGCAAGAAUACCAAUGGUUCGCAAUUCUUCAUCACCACCGUCAUUACAAGCUGGCUUGAUGGUCGUCACGUCGUCUUUGGCGAGGUGCUUGAGGGAUACGACAUUGUUGAGAAGAUCGAAAACGUCCCAAAGGGGUCUGGUGACCGCCCUUCGAAGCCUGUCACGAUUGUGAAGAGCGGAGAGCUGGAAGUCCCAGCCGAAGGUACCCAUGCCGAGCUCUAG